GUUUUUAUACGCCAUCGUAAAAUUGACUUGAGAAAAUUAGACGAAUGCAUUCAGAAGUCAGUUUAAUUCGGUGAUUAUCAGAUCAAUCUGUAGUUCAAUAGAAAUUAUUGAAGAUGAGUGCUGAAAUGCCCGAAUUGGGCUCUAAAAUAAGUUUAAUAUCGAAGGCGGAUAUUAGGUACGAAGGUCGGCUUUUUACUGUUGACCCUAGAGAAUGUACAAUAGCUUUGGCUUCAGUUCGUUCAUUUGGUACCGAAGAUCGGGAUACAAAAUAUCCGGUUGCACCACAAAAUCAAGUGUACGAUUAUAUUUUAUUUCGUGGAUCUGAUAUUAAAGAUAUUCGUGUUGUAAAUAACAAUGUUAUUCCAAAUGAUCCAGCAAUUAUGCAAUUAUCUGUGCCACCUAGUUUGGGUCCACAACCAUAUCCUCAACCAAAUUUUGGACAUCCAGUGCUUGGUCAUAUGGCACCACAAAUGGGUCAAUUUCAGCCAUAUGGAGGAGGAUUGGGUCCAAUUGGCGCGAAUUUACCAAGCGGUUUAGCUCCAGGUAUGGGCAUGCAACGCGGUGUUCCAAAACAACAACCUGUGCCAAGUGAGUUAAUCGGGGGAAAUAGUGGUUCUAUGGGAAGUGCCCCUGGUACUGAUAUUCCUAAUAUAGACCAAGGUGUUCGAAGCAACGACAGUGUUUCUGUAUUAGAUUUAAUCAGCGGUGGUAGUCGAUCCACAACUCCUGUAAGCUUAACAUCACGUAAAAGUCCAACAAAUGAUGCUGGUGUUCAAGUAAAUUCAAGUGGUGGUCCAAGCGGUUCUCAAGAUGAUAAAAAAGGCGGACAACAAAGGCCUAUACAACCACCUGGAGGUCAACAGCGCAUUAGAAGGGAAUCCGGAGGUCGACAAAAUCAAGGCAAUCAAAAUAGAAAUCAACCCCAAAGAAAUCUACAAAAUCAACAAAAUAUUCCCGGUCAUCAAGAUCAACGUAAUCAACAAAAUCAAAAUCAACGUCAAGGUUGGGGUGGCAAUAACAAUCGAGGUAUACAAAUGCGUCCCAGGGGUCGCGGUCGAAAUAUGCAAGGUAGUGGAAGUGGUAGUGCUGGGGGCUAUCGUAAUCAACAGGGGGGACAAUCUCAAAAUCAAGCAAUGAAAGUGAAAAAUUUAUUAAAAUUCGAUAAUGAUUACGAUUUCGAACAAGCGAAUACUGAAUUUGAAGAAUUGCGCUCACAAUUAGCUAAAGUGAAAAUAGACGAACCAAAUAAAUCAACAGAACUGAACGGUGACGUCGAGAAAAAAGAUGAUUCUGGUAAUGAAACUGGUGCGGGUGAAAACGAAGUUGAAGAAGAAUCAGAAAUAUUUUAUGAUAGCAAAAAAUCAUUUUUCGAUAAUAUUUCAUGCGAGGCUGUUGAACGGUCUAAAGGACGAUCUCAAAGAACUGAUUGGCGUACUGAACGUAAACUAAAUUCAGAGACUUUUGGUGUCGCUUCUGCUAGGCGUGGAGGUUAUCGAGGAAGAGGAGGAUACUAUAAUCGUGGUGGAAUGGGCGGCUAUCGUGGUGGCUAUCGUAAUUAUCGAACAAACCAAGGACCGAAUCAACGAUCGAGACCAAGUCAAUCACAAAAUAAUCCACAACAAAAUCAAAAUGCCAGCCAAUCAACUGCAACCCAAUCCAGGCCGAUCACAACGGCAACGGGCUCGAAUGGCAAGUAAAAAAACAUCAACAAUUUCAAA